UCGUCAGUGAGAUACGAACACUAGAAUUUCAAUGUAAUGAAAAAUGGCUGGUUUGUGGAUUUUAGUUUUGAUCUUCAGCACCAUGUGCACAAUGCAAACUGACAGACUCUGGAUUGCUGCACAAUCCCUCACCGACGCAGAAGUUUAUCAGCCUGAUGAAGAGCUCAGUGUGGAUAUCUGUGGCUCGGUGACUCUACGGUGUUGUAUUUUCCAGAACAAAGGAGGAAAACUUUUCUUGGUUAAGCAACAAAAUAAAAAAACGCCCGUGUUUAUCGCUGGACCGUUCAACCCUGCUGAAGAAACGUUUCACAGUGAAUUCCAAAAUUCCCAUUUUCAGAUUAAUAAAAGUGGAAACUGCUUCAGUCUGAUCAUUUCAAAGGCCACGCUGUCUGAUGAAGCCAUGUACUACUGUGGACUCACGUUUUCAUCUGGGACUCAAUUAAAAGUAAAAGGAACAUUGAAACCAGCUCUGUGUGAUAAUUCAGUGGCAUCUGAAACAAUGCUGCAUGGAAACAGCACGAACAUGAACACACAAGAGAAAUCAGAAGUGACCAGAUCUCUGCACUCCUCAGUGUUCGGUUUGGGAACGGCUUUGGGUUUUUGUGCACUUCUGAUUUUCUGCCUCAUUUAUAUCAUACUGAGGAGAAGAAAAUGUGAAAACUGUAGAUUGAAGGCUUCUCAAGGAACAAUGGAGGAACAUGAAGCUGAAACAGUGAAUUACGCAGCUCUGAAAUUCUCCAAACAGGAAGCCAAAGCUGAAAAGAGAAAUGCUGGUUCAUGUGAUGAGUGUGUGUACUCUGGUGUGAAGAAAACCAAACAUAACAGAACAUGAAGUAACAUAACACACAGUAACACUACAAAUACAUCAUUAUGAUUCUUUAUUUCUUUUUUUCAUUUCACAAUUAUAAUAGUUUAUUUCUAAACAUAAAAUAAAUAUAGAAAUAUACCAAAAGGAAAAAAAAAUCUUCGGUUGAUUUCCAAUAUCUGAUAAGAAAUGUUCAAUCAAUUUUCCCGAAAUUCAACAUAUUAGAUAAACUACCAUGCAACAACAUUUAUUCCAUAU